AUGCUGGACAACGCCGUUCGUUAUAAAUACACCCCGCCCAUGGUGGAGGGUGAGGACGACGAUAUCAUGGAGAAGUGUCUUGGUUUGAUUGAUGGAUCGGCAGAAGGCGUUUGGCAGUCGGAAAAGUUCUCUGGUAUCGGACAAGAGACGUUGCAGAUUAUCCUCCAACGAGAGACGUUGGCCGCCGAUGAAGCUACCAUCUAUGCGUCGGUUGAAAAGUGGGCUGCGAACGCCUGUAGUCAGAAGGAUAUGGAAGCUUCACCCGUCAAUCGGCGUGAAAUGCUGGGCGCGGCAUUAUAUCGCGUCCGCUUUCCGGUCUUGACCGAUACACAGCUGAUGAAUGGCCCUGCCCAGACUGGUUUGCUGCUUCAAUCGGAGCUGUUGGACAUUUUCCGCUACAAACACGCCGAUGUCAAACCGGCGCUGCCGUUCCGCACGGAGGCCCGACAAAAUGAGCUGCGAGCUGAAGGUUUGGUCAAUUUUACGGUGCCGGAUGUCAGGAAACUGGAGCAAAGAGGAACGUUGAGCGAUCCAAUCGUAAUCCGGAAGUUGCCUUGGAGGGUUUUGGUUAAGAAGCACAUCCUGGAAGGGUCUCCUCGGUGGGGUUAUUUUGUGAAAUGUGAUGUUGAUGCGGAUUCCGAUACUUGGACAUGUGAAGUUAAUGCAGAACUCCGCUUGCUACCAUGGAAAGCGGAACUGGGACUUGUUACUAAACCGAUAUCCCACGUGUACUGCGAAGAAGAAAUUGCCUGGGGAUACUGGAAUUUUAUAUCAUUUACGGACCUACUGGAUCCGUCGAAAGGAUACGUUAACCCUAGUGACUUCUCCCUGAAACUGCAAGUCAAGCUCACUGCGGCCCUUCCUGUCGGAAUUGAUUAA